AUGCUCACGGAGGAAAAUGCUCAGAUCUACCGUCUGUUCCUGCAAACAACUCGGACACCACUUCGAACUCAUCCGACCGAACCGAUUCUUCCGAGCGCUGCACCAUCAGCUCGAGAACAUAAAACAGCGCCAGGACGCCGUCCACUGAAGAAGCAUUCAGUGCAUGAGUGCGGACAUCCAGGAUGCUGUAAACGUUACAAUAAGAGCUCGCAUCUGAAAGCUCACAUGAGGACACAUAGUGGUGAGAAGCCGUACAGUUGCAACUGGCCCUCCUGUCACUGGAAAUUCGCCAGAAGCGAUGAGCUAACAAGGCAUUAUCGGAAGCAUACGGGAGACCGUCCAUUCAACUGCACUCUCUGCGAAAGAUCCUUUUCACGCAGUGAUCAUCUUAAUUUGCAUAUGAAACGACAUUCGAACAGCUAA